UCAUUUUUGGUCAAAAGUAAUGGAAAAACAUUAAAAAUCGAACGAAAAUGGAUGACACACAGCUUGAUUAUUCGAUGCAAAUGCUUCUCGAGGACCCAGAUGCCUUUGAGAAUAAAAGUCGACUGAGAAUUGAUACUCCGUAUUACGGAUUUGACAAUUCCAGCGGGAAGACAUGGAUUUAUCCCACAAAUUACCCGAUUCGCAGUUAUCAGAGGUCCAUAAGUCAAAAAGCUUUGUUUAACAACACUUUGGUCGUUCUUCCAACGGGUCUUGGCAAAACUUUCAUCGCAGCUGUUGUCAUGUACAACUUUUAUCGAUGGUAUCCGAGGGGAAAAGUGAUUUUCAUGGCGCCGGCUCGUCCUCUUGUUUCGCAGCAAAUUGAUGCUUGUUACAACAUCAUGGGCAUCCCAAAGUCCGACACAGUCGAAAUCACGGGUCGAAAAGCGCAAAAAGACCGCCAAGAGCUGUGGAAAAGCAAAAAAGUCUUUUACGCAACGCCUCAAGCUGUGAUUUCUGACAUGCUUUCGCCCGAACACGACUUUCCCGUGAACGACAUUCGUCUCGUGGUCAUUGACGAAGCUCACAAAGCGAAAGGAAAGUACGCUUACUGCGAAGUAAUCAAAUAUAUCUCGGAAAAAAAUCGAAAUUUUCGAGUUUUAGCGUUGAGUGCGACGCCGGGCAAGGAUUUAGCUGACGUUCGAGAAAUUUCACAGAAUUUAUUGAUCUCUCACAUCGAAGUACGGUACGAAAAUAGCAUCGAUGUCGCCGAAUACACGUUUCAAAAGAUGAUCAAAACGGAAGUUGUCCCGUUCGACAGUCGAAUUAAGCGAAUUAAGGCGAGUUUGGUGAAAAUUCUCGAGCCGUACGUCGAAAAAUUGAAAGAAAUGAACCUUUUGACGGGAAAUGCGGGUUCUCACAGCAAAGGUUGGAUCAUAAUGCAACAAAAAGAAUUCCAUCGCUUAGCAAUUGUCGAAAAACCGCCGAAUUACACCGAAAUUUCGUCAACUUUUAGUACUUGUAUGUCACUUUAUCACUCCUUGGAGGUCUUGGAACGUCACGGAUGUCGAAUGUUUUUGAAUUCUUUCCUCGACGAACAAAAUCGCAGCGGAUUUAAGUACUUUGUGAACCAAAAUGACGCUCUCCGACUCUUGCUGGAUGAUCUAAAGCAGGAAAUGGGCAUUGAAAAUAUCGUUCUCGAUCGAACCCUGAACUCGAGUGUCACGGAAAAUCCAAUGUUUGACUUUGGGCAUCCGAAAUUCGAGGUUCUGGAGCAUAAAUUAGUCGAACAUUUCAAGGAAACGCCCGAUUCGAAGGUCAUUGUCUUCUGUGAACUGCGAGAAACGGUUUUGCUGAUCGAUAUUUUGCUCUCAAAACACAAACCUCUGAUAAAACCUCGAAAAAUGGUUGGGCAAGGAAGCAGUUCGGGCAUCAAAGCUGUUACGCAGAAGGAACAACUUGCCGUUAUGAAGGAAUUUCGCGAGGGAAAAAGUAAUUGCUUGAUAGCGACGUGCGUUGUCGAAGAAGGAAUCGAUGUUGGAGACGUUAUGAUGAUCGUUUGCUUCGACAGUAGUUCGAAUCCGACGCGUUUUGUGCAGAGAAUUGGAAGAACGGGCCGAAAACAGAGAGGAAAAGUGUUGAUGCUCGUUGCGGAAGGACGAGAACAUGAAAUUCUGAAGAAAGUUGUGUCGCAAAAGGAUAAAACGAUCGCGAAAUUGGCAAAUAAGAAGGAAACUGAGUGGUUUUUGUACAAAGAAUCGCCUCGAAUGGUGCCGAAAGAGUUCAAUCCGGAAUGUAUCGAAGUGUGCUUUGACAUCAAGGAAGCUGAAGAAACCGAGCCCCAACAAAAAAUGAAGAAAAAGGUGGAAAAAGCAACUAAAGGAGGCAAAAAAGGAAAAGUUGUCAAAGAAAAAAAGACAAAAAAUCCCAAAACUGACAUAAAAAACUACUUCAAACCAAGAGACUUGGCAAGUUCUGAAGAUGAAAAUCCCCCCGAGGCUCCAAUUUCCAACGAAACAUCGAUUUUAUCAACAACUGAAACAAAAAUCAAGCCAAAUCGAACACUCCCGAAGCCAAAAAUGCCCAUUUCCAACAAUUCAACUUUAAUAAAUUUCACUCAAGAUGACGAAAAACUCGCUGUAAUCGAAGAAUUGAACGAAAGUGACAGCGAAUGGGAAAAAUUACAACAAAUCCAAAAAUCUAUGAGAAAAAAUUCAGUUAUGGAAUACGAAAAUGACAAAGCAAUCCAUGCCGCAAAUGACAUCGCAGUUGAAUUCAAACAAUAUCUCGUCGAUUCAAAGGAAAAUCGAGCUCCGAACUAUUUUGUGAAGCAAACUGAAGAAUAUUUAAACAGAAUUUUGAAGGAAAAUCUAACGAAUUCAGAUAAAAAACGAACUCAAAUGCUCCUUGAUGUCGUGAAAAAAGUCGAAGAACAACUAAGAGACGAGAAAAUUGUUGAAAUUCAGUCCUUGAGUGAACAAAAAAUUGUUGAAACGGAAGAUUUUGUACCGAAAAUCGAAUCUCAGCCAGUUUUGGAGUCGCAAAAUAUUUUUCACGUGAAUUCUCAGCCAUCGAAAUACCUCGACAAUAUUGAUGAAUCGUUGUUGACGAAGACUUUUGAUCGUAGAUUGACUGAAAAACCAUCGAACUCAACGCCAAUUAGCGCGAAAAUUGUAAAAACGCCUAAAAAACUAAAGCAAGCUACUCUUAAUUUCAAUGAUUCGCCGUCAAUGUCGUGUUUUAUGAAAGCUCCUGCUGAGUCAACGCCAAUUAUGAGGAAAUCUGUGAUACUUGAGGAGAGUCGUGUGAAGAAAAUGACUCCACGAAGCAUCAUUCCAACUGUAAAAGAGAAGAAACAAACAGAAGAAGAGGUUCUAAACUCACUUGGAUUGAAAAGUAUUGACGAUUUGUUCCCCGAUGCUGAUGAUUUUCUACUAACGCCCGACGAGAAUCCCAAAUUUGAGCAAAAAUCGAUCCAAAAAUCAACUUUAAAUGUUUCAAAGAAGGAUGAGAAGUCAGUUUUGAGCGAUUUGACGAACAAAUCUGACAAAAAUUUUACAAAAAAUGAAAUUUUUAAAGCAGAUCCUGUGAAAAUUGAGUCUCCAAUUAAGAAAAUUCCCGUUAAAAUUGCUUCAAACAAGAGAUCUGCUGAAAAAAUGAUCCCCGAAGAUGCUGAAGAGAACAAAAGUAAGCGUCAAAAGUUAGAAUUCGUCGAUUUGGACAACAUUUUUGGCGACAGUGACGACGAUUUGUUCGGAGAAACGGUUUGUGAACGUUCAAGUCCUUUAAAAGACAAAGAGAAAUCCUUCAAAGAUGUUCACGAAACACAAAAUUAUGAUGAAAUCGACAGUCAAGGCCCUGAUUCGCCAACUACUAUCCUCGAAAAGAGUCUUUCGAAGCUUAACAAUUCUCUUUCAAUGUUUCUCGCUGACGAAUUAAACGAAAUUCAGAAGGAUGAGGAGUCAAAUCUGGAUGAUACUCAAAUUUUAUCCGCUUCUGUGAUAGAAAAUGCUGAAAAAACGAUCAUUAAUGUAGAAAAAUUUCAUGAAAAGCAAAUUUCGAAAGUUUUCAAGACUCCUCCAAAAGCGGGAACAUCAAAUAUUACCUUGAACGAUACUUCUCCGUCGUUAUUUCGUUGCCGCAUGUCAUCACAAAUCCCGAAUCCAACAAAAAAUGUGUCGAAUUCCGCUCCUAUGUUCAAUAAAACUCACAAAUCUCCCGUUUCAUCGCCUCUUACGCAAGCAAUUAAGCCAAUUAACAAACGAAAUAAACGUCAACGCAAAAUUUUAUCCGAUAGUGAAGAUGAAAAUGAUGAUUUCGAACAAGAAAUUCAAUCAGAGCCUCUUCCAAAAGCCCAAAAGACAUCGAAAAACAACAAAAGUCGUCGAAAAUGUGCCUUUCUCGACACCGAAGCAGGCAUUUCCGAUGACGACAGUGACGAAGAUGACUUUGAUGAGACAGGAUUCUCCGAUUUACACGGAUUUGUAGUUGAUGAGCCUUCAAUAAUGAACGAAACCAACAUGUUUGCGAAGUAUGUUCAAAGUACACGAAGUCCUCAUCGCUUCCAACGACCUCGAGAGUUGAAACCUUUCAUCCCGGAGGAAAUUUAUUCACAAGCUGUGCCUAUUGAAGCAUCACAAUAUGACCUAAACGACUCCUUUGUAACCGAGGAAGAUGUUGAACACUUGCCCGAAGCCACACAAAGCUACGAAAUGUCAGAAUUAGAAAUCGCCGAAGCAAUUUUAGAAGCUGAAAGAAAGGAGAGAAAGAGAAAAAGACGAAAUUAAAGUCAUGAACUCAACCACUAAAAACUUCAAAGCUCAUAAAUAACAAAAUUACAAUAAAUAUUGCACGUCAUUGUGCUUCUCUCGUCGCCAUCUCGUACUGCCAAACCACACUCAAUGAUUUAUUAUGUGCUCAAACACACUGUAAUUAGUCGUCAUAUAAUCUACUGUUCGUUUGUGGAACAACGACGACAUUCUGUGUGUGUGUCAUAAAUAAGAAUUUUGGAAUUAAAAAGCCAUAAAAAUCAAGAAAAACUAAACAAAGACAUAAAUUCCUUUUUUUUCUUCUGUAGGACAUUUAACAACAGGAGGCAACUUUAAUGGCUUUAUUUUUGCGCGCGGAUUUCAAGAGGAUUUACGACCUUUAAAUGCUUCCGGUUACGUUUUAUCGUCAAAAUC